CGCUACAACACCAUAGAAGAAGACCUCUUCCGUUUUGUUCAGUUUGGGUUCCUAGUGAAUACACCCAACUUGUGUCAACAUUGGGCUUUUUUUUUUUUUUUUUUUACAUUUUACCUGCAAACCAGCCUAACAAAGACAUAUUUUCUGACAAGGAAAAAGUGCGUUUUGAGGAGAUUCCACGCAAUUGUAUUGCAAGACUGCUAGAUAUGCGACUGGCCCCACCAAUUCCUACCAUCAUGCCUGCUCUACUAGAGAGGCCCAAACUGUCCAAUGCCAUGGCACGUGCCCUGCACAAACACAUCAUGCGAGAGCGAGACCGCAAGAGACAAGAGGAGGAAGAAGUAGACAAAAUGAUGGAGCAGAAGCAGAAGGAGGAGGAGGAAAGGAAGAGAAAGAAAGAGGUGGAAGAGAGAAUGUCUUUAGAUGAGACGAAAGAGCAGAUCAUGAAGAUGGGGGAGAAGCUACAGGGGCUACAAGAAGAGAAACACCAGCUCUUCCUCCAGUUGAAGAAAGUGCUCCAUGAGGAGGAGAAGAGACGGAGGAAAGAACAGAGUGACAUGACAACCCUGACAUCUGCUACGUACCAGCCCAGCAUGGCUAUCCACUCAGGACAACAUCUGCUCAGCAUGCAAGCAGGUCAAGUGAGUCAUGGCCGCUCUGCUGCUCUGCUUGGAGAACGCAGUAAACAGCUCUUCCAGUCCCCUGUCCUUCCUGGGCGUCACUACCAGAGCCAGCCAGGGAUGAGCUCCGUGGGCUCCGAGCAUGGGCAGUAUUCAGCCAGCCAGGCAGCCCAUGGCCCCUACGGCCAGCUCACCCAGGCACAGCACUCCUCUCCCUUCGCCACCAGCCAGCAUGUCCCUGUCAGCUACGCCAGCAGCUCGCAGCUCAGAGGUGCCUCAGCGUUCCAGGCCAUGCAGUACCUGCCUCACCAGCAGCAGGGCUACGCUGUACACAGCCACUUUACCUCUCAGCCAGGAUUAAUCCCCAGUGCUGGGAUCCCUCUACAGAAGCAGCUUGAACAUGCUAAUCAACAAUCUGGUUUCACUGACUCUAGUACUCUACGGCCCAUGCACUCUCAGACACUUCAUGCCUGUGCUGCAGGCCUGCUGCCUACCCCCUCCCUCGCGGUGCAGAUCCCCGCUGCCAAGUCUGGCUUACCGUAUGCCCAUCCCCCCCGUCCAGCCUCUCCGGGAAGCUUUACCCAUGGAACACCUCCACAGCAGGCUCACCCAAGCCACAGGAUCGGGAAGUUAGACCUCUAACCCAUCGGGAGAAAUCCCAACAAUCCAGCAGACCCAAUCUGACAACGUUUCAGAGCUCUCCUCAACCUACCCCUCGGCAUGCCUACCUCUCCCACAGCCAAUCAGGACAGAGGUUCUACCACAACAAGUAAACUAGCCACACCCACCACCAGCAAUUACUGAAGGGCAUCAUUCUCCACACAGUUUGUCUUCAACUGCUGACAUAGUACAUCAAUGUAGUUUCUUCUGCCAAAAGACUGUACUGUCAGUGUAUAUAUAAGCAUGUUUUUUCCCCCUGUAUCAGUAUUUCAGUAGAAUCAAUCAUGACAACACAUGAGAGAAUUUGUAUAUUCAGAACAAUGGUGCUGUUUACAUUGUUGAUGUAUUACCAAAUUAAACCACUCUUAAAAGCUC